GACUCACAGUGACGGGUGACGUUGGACGUGGUCUGGGAAAACAAUCUGUGACGUGGCUAAUCCUAGUGAACAAAAAGAGCGACUAAACCUCAACCAGUGAAGUAUUUACUGCAAAAUAAGAAGAAGUUUAAGUCGUAGAAACAGAAGAGCGAUCAGAUAAACACGAAGAUAAAGUCUGUGGUGUUCGAUUUUAGUGAGGAAACAGUCAGCAGGAGGGGGGACGUUAUCUGCUCGGCUAGCAUCAAGACUUUGACAGGAGAUAGGCAUGCACUAGGACGUUAAAGAUGUCCGACAGUGAAGCUACAGCAGCAGAAGCUCCAGAGGUGGCUUCAGAGAGUAAGGACGCCUCUCCUGCAGAAACGCCCGACAGUUCCCCGCCAACACCCCCUGAUACCUUGACUGAUGUCGCCCCGACGAGGAGAGCCAGGAGGAGACCGGAGCCCAAACCAGCAGUGGAGGUUAAAGAGACGCCGACAGUAGAGGAGCAGCCUGCAAAGACUCCCACUGAGUCUACUGUAGCACAGGGUGGUUGGGGUUACUGGGGCAGCUGGGGCAAGUCCAUCAUAUCCACAGCAACAGCUACUGUGGCCACUGUGGGUCAGGGGCUCACACAGGUGAUAGAGAAAGCAGAGACGUCGCUGGGAAUCCCGAGUCCAACUGAACUCUCUGCACACGUUGAGGAAGAGCAGAAACAGCAGGGUGAAGCCGGCACUGAGCCGGACAAAGUAGCUGGAGAGGGAUCAGCAGCGAUGGAGGGUGCUAUGGGAAUGCUGUCGUCGCUCACCAGUGUCGUCCAGAACACAGGGAAAACGGUGCUAACAGGCGGUCUGGAUGCUCUGGAGUUCAUCGGAAAGAAGACAAUGGACGUGAUUGCAGAAGGUGAUCCUGGCUUUAAGAAGACAAAGGGACUGAUGUUGAACAGGAACGCCACUCUGUCUCAGGUGUUGAGGGAGGCGAAGGAGCAAGAAGAGCUGCAGUCAGCAGAGACAGACGGCUCAGACUCAGAGAAGAAGGUGGUCGCUCACUAUGGGAUGCUGUUUGAUGAAUUUCAGGGCCUGUCCCACCUCGAGGCUUUGGAGAUUCUGUCCCGAGAGAGCGAGUCGAAGGUGAAGUCAGUGCUGACCACUCUAUCAGGAGAUGAGCGGGUUCAGCUGAGAGAAGAGCUCGAUCUCAUCAAGGACGCUUUCUCACUGGUGGAGUUUGACGAUGAGGAGGUGGACGAGAUGAAAGAUGAAGACGGCUCAGAGUUUGAGAAGGAGUUAACCGAGGCCUUGGAGGGUCUAAGUAUCAAUACCACAGCUGACAAACUCAACAAGGCCUGUAAGAGCGCCUGCAGCCAGAUCCAUGUUAUGUCCAAACCAGCAGAGGAAGAGGAGGAGAGCGAAGAGGACUCAAAGAAAGCACUCUCUGUAGAGGAGGUCCAUGCUGCAGCCAUCAGAAGUCUGGCUGAACUCACAGCUCGCUCCAUCGAACUCUUCCACAAACUGGCUGAGAUGAUCCUCUUCUCCAACGGCAGCACAGAGGCCGGGGUCCUAUCACAGUUAACUGUCACCCUGUGUAAAGAGAUCUCACUGCUCUCCAAGAAGUUCACCUCCUGCUUGACAACGACAGGAUCAAACGAGAAGGGAGAAGUCCUCAACCCACUGAUAACGGGAGUCUUUCUUGAGGCAUCCAACAGUGCGUCUUACAUCCAGGACGCUUUCCAGCUUCUGAUGCCCAUCCUGGAGAUCUCUCACAUCCAGAGGAAAUCUGAAUCCACCGAGCAGUAACCUGAGGAAUUCUCCUAUGCUCUCCACCACUGCCAAAACGCUGGGACUCUGUCUGAGCAGAGGACUGACGCAGAUUUCCUACUUUUUGUAAAAAUCGUCUUUCUGGUUUUCAACUCAGGCCUGGAAGUAAAGAGAACAGUGUUAACUUUUUAUGCAUUGCUGGUUUAACUGUAAACACAGUAGAAGGAGUAAUUGUUGUAUCAUGCAGAGAAAGUCUGGGUCUACUAUUUAAGGGAAAGAAAUGAAUUUAUAAUAAACAGGGAAAAACUUCUUCACUUUAUUUUAACACAGAGUAUGUUUUUCUGACUACAGGUAAUGUAAAAAGCUGAGAAACGCCCCAGAAAACACUUAAAAAGACAAACAUGUGGUGAUUUGUGUCUUAUUAUAAAUAAUAAGAUGCUGUAUAUUCAUCAUGUAGUUUUCUCUUGAAAGCACAGAGAGUACUUUCUAUGCAUAGCGUUUUGUCAGCGGUAGAAGUUGAAUGAGUUUGAGUGGAUUUGCAGGAUUGUUUCCCUUGUAAAAACUGUUUCAAUAAAGAUCUGGAUGUGAAGAGAGGAGGUAAGGCUACGUUCAAAGUGCAGUCUAGGCUUUACAUUCAUGGACUAGUCUUUCAUCAGCAGAUCGUUAUGUUGAAGUGUUAUCACAUAUGUGGCGUGUCUAGUGGUUGAAGACAACAUUUCAGCUGUAGCCCUGACAGAAGGGGAAACGUAUUUGAAAGUAUAAGGUGGUUUCAUUUUAUAUUUUAUACAUAGCCAACAAGGCUUCCAUGCUUUCAGUAUAUCAUUGCUGUGGUCUUGCACAAAUGAGACUAAACAUACAUACUAAGUCUCUCUACUAACGAAUUACAUCUCAUGCUCACAUAAGUCUGUGAAAGGGGGAGGUAAAUGACAUACAGACAGGUUGAUUUCACAUCGCACAUCAUCCAUACAUUACAAACAUUAUAAACUAAGCACCCCGCCGGAAUACAGACAGACAGAAAAGGGGCAUCUAAAAGAGUCUAAUGUUUUAAAGUGUCAGUAUAAAGGUUUUACAAUGUUCAAAUAAUGAGUCAAAUGUAAAAAGGUGGCAUGACCGUGACUAUUUUUGUUCUGAAUUUGUGUCUUGAUGUGACAUGAUGCUGUUUCAAUAAAACUUUUUAAUCUCCUGCAUCUA